AUGGGAUGCAUGGUCAUCGAACUUUUGACGGGCCAGCCACCGUUCGACACAUCCUUGCUGACACCUACGAUUCUCAUUAGCCAAAUACAAGAGUUGGCAAGCGACGGUCUACCUGAAAGAUGGCAAGAAGAAUGGGACACGAACACAAACUCAAGCGACGAAAGCACCGGGCCGAAUUUACAAAACUGUCUGAAAGAAGUAUACUUUGAUAGACCGCACAAUCCCGACCUGACAAGAUACGAUAUAGCAAGACUAGGCACGUCGUAG